GUCAUGCUGCAGCACAUCGCGACGUCGUUUGGCAAACCCCUGCGGAAGGAACCACAUGCUAAAUGUAUGUUUAUAUUAUCCUCCAAUGAGAAAACUGAACCACGAGUGUGUUGUGGGGAUUUCAAGAGCGCUCGUGACUGGAUUUUAAUAGAAGAAGUGCGAGAAAAAAGCAUAAUCGAUAAUACUGAAGCGGAUGUGCGUCACGUGGUUAGGCUGGACCAAUCGGAGCACUCCAAGUCUAGCCGAAAGUAUGCUCUUUGUUCGGGUAUUUUGCCAACUUUAUCCCCAAUUUGAGCAUAAUUCUUCUUAAAAGAGCGGGAUGUGGACACAAGGAGCGGUGUUGUGCGACAAAGGACGCGCCGAGGAUACAUUUUAUCGCCAUUUUUUUGAGGAAUGCCACGUGUUCAAGUUUCGAUAAACAGUCCGCCUAGGGUUUAUUUUAUCACAUGACUCCCCCUCCCCCACCCUGUGCCAUGAAUGGGGGAAGAAGGCGGACAUGUUUGAGGGAAAUGUGUUGGUUAAAAAGUAUCGAGGUGGAAGACAAGAAGAUUAUUUGAAGAAAGGUUUCGCAUUAUCUGGGAAUUUACCAGUCGAGAUUUGUAUUUAUUUAAUUUACAUGGUUUUUCUGACAUACUUUCUUUGGAAACAUUUAAUUUUUUACCAACAUUAUCAUCACUUCUUUUAAACAAAUGUUGUCUUUGUUUUUAUAGUGUUAAGUUCGCAACAUGUUUAGUAAUGUUUAGCCUACUAUUAUUUUAAUUUUAGUUACUUUCCAUCAUUUAUUUAUGUGACAUUGUAGGGAACCUGUAACCUUGGUGAGUGUGGGGGAUGGGCGCCUGCUGUGGUUAGGUAACCAUUUUGUGUGGUUGUUGAAUUUGUAGAGUCGGUACUUUAUUGUUAGGCAAAAGUCAUUUAAGUGCUUUUAUUUAGGAUAGGUGGCAUAUGGUCUGAGUUUUUCUUAAGUCUGGUUAAGUUGAGCUUUUGAAUCUUAGAUUUUUAGUAGGUCUGGUAGGCUGUUUCAGAUUUUGUUUAAGGCCCAUUUUAGAUUUGUCUUGUUUAUUGUCUAUAUGUUAAACAACUUAUUUUUUGUGGUUGGCUGUAGGUGUCCUUAACUUUGGUCUAAAUGUGUCUGAGGUCAGUGCAGGCAGGAAGGAAAACUGCUGUGUCAUUCAGUGGAGGACAAGUUCUUGUGACCCAGUUUGCUCUUUUUGUUGUGUGUAAAUAGUCAUGAAGGCUUGAGAAACUCCGUUCAGCACAUUUCAGUUGCAGUUGUGUCCUCUUUGGUUUCUGGCUUGUGUUACUUUGCAGAUUGCAAGCCUCCAAGGCCUUGUUUGAAUGCCUGUAGUGGGUGUCCCUGCCCCUUUGGGACACCAAAUUGCGAUUUCGCGUCAAUUUCACUUAAAUUGUGUUUCCAGUCGGGAUACAUCGCAGAUGUGUGUUUUUGUUAAACCUUGGCGUUUUUGUAAUAGUGUAAAAAUCGAUUAUAACAGCAGGCACGUUGUACUUUAAAAUGGCGGCGGUGCGCCACUUUGGAGGGACAGAAAUGCGGAUAUUCUGGAGAGAGGAGAGCGCAUAUGGGGAGAGGCUCCUGCUUCGGGGGGAUACGCGUGACCUGCUGAAACGACCAAUGGGCUUCUCUGUAUUUACACUGGAAGCCCGCGUUAGUACCUCACCGACCAAUCACCGCAGUUAAUUUGCCCAUGUUGACGUAAUGUAAUAUGAUAAGAAGCGGGGCGGCUUCCGAGCUGUCGCAUUUUGUGGAGGAUUAUGAGGAACAGCCAGUUAGAAACUGCGUUUCUGUAACACUAGGUACGCCGAGCCAAUCGUAUUGUGUAAAUUCCUUGAUGGACAGCGAGAAUUUGCGAAUAGGUUGGCCAGAAAGCUUGUCGGUGAAGUGUCGUUCUUUAUGGGUGUGGCGACUCAGACUGACAGUGCAACCAGCGAAUAGGAACUUAGGGGGCGUCGACAUCCCGGGGUAUCGUGUCCAAUAGCGUGCGCGGCAGGCCUAUAAAAGCACGGGUGUAGUCGCAUCGUCGCCAUUUCAACGAAGCAGUGUCUCGCAGUUCGUCGUGGAGGGGGCACAGGAGAAAACGGACGAACAGAGUCGGAUCCUGAUUUUUCAGUCUAGCUAAAAAACAGAAUCCGGAUCCAUCCUGAUGGAUAUGGCUUUAAACCCGCCUCUUGACAGCUCCCUGGGUGGGGUGGAGGUUAGCAUGACAGGAGUCACUCCAAUGGACCAGGGUUCUGGCACGGCGGGGAAACGCAUUCGCAAACCUUCGCUACUUUACGAGGGCUUUGAGAGCCCAGGGAUGCCCCCCCUUGGCCAGAUGACACCUUCAGGACCCCCACAGCCACCGGUGAAGGACCCAAGCCGACAGGGGAGGAUGACCAACCAGCUCCAGUUCCUACAGAAGGCCUUACUCAAGUCUUUAUGGAGGCACCACUUUGCCUGGCCCUUCCACGAACCAGUAGACGCUGCCAAGCUCAACCUGCCUGACUAUCAUAAGAUCAUCAAGCAUCCCAUGGACAUGGGCACUAUUAAGAAGAGAUUAGAGAAUAACUACUACCGCAGUGCUAGUGAAUGCAUGCAGGACUUCAACACCAUGUUCACCAACUGCUAUAUCUACAACAAGCCUACAGAUGACAUAGUGUUGAUGGCCCAGUCUCUGGAAAAAGCUUUCCUGCAGAAAGUGGCUCAGAUGCCCCAGGAGGAGUUAGAGCUUCCUCCUCCCCCUCCACGUACCAAACCAAGCAAAACUAGCAGGAAAAGCAGGGGCAAUACAGUGUCUGGAGGAGUGACAACAGCCCAUCAGGUCCCAGCGGUCUCCCAGUCAGCGUACUCUCCUCCCACCCCAGAAACACCAGACUCCCUCCUGUCCACCCCCCCACAGACAAUCCUGACCAAGAGCCUGCCCCCCACCCUGCCUACUGCACAAAGCACCCCAGCUGUGAUGGGCCUGCCUCCAACACAGCCCACUGCAAAGAAAAAAGGUGUGAAGCGGAAAGCAGACACCACCACCCCCACCACCAUGGCCAUGCCCUUGCCCAUUAUGGGUACCAUGGGUGUCGGUGGCAUCAGCUUGGGUAUGGGCGUUGGACAUGAAUCUCCACUUACCCUCACCUCUCUUGGGGUGGACCACAACUCUGGUAUGGGGAUGAAUCAGGGCCUUAGCCUUAGCCAGGGCAUGGGGAUGGGAAUGGGUCGCGGAGGAGGGAUGAUGGGUACCAAAACACCAACAGGAGGCAGAAGGGGGGUGAGUGGGCGUCCCAUAAAGCCUCCCAAGAAGGAUUUGCCAGACUCUAUGCUGCCACAGCCGGUGCGCCGCAGCAAGUUGAGCCCCCAGCUACGCUACUGCAAUGGGGUCCUGAAGGAGCUGCUGUCCAAGAAGCACGCCGCAUAUGCCUGGCCGUUCUACAAGCCUGUUGACGCCACAUCACUAGGUCUCCAUGAUUACCAUGACAUCAUAAAGCAGCCCAUGGACCUCAGCACCAUCAAGAGGAAAAUGGACAACAGAGAGUAUCGUGAGGCUCAGCAGUUCUCUGCAGAUGUCAGACUGAUGUUCUCAAACUGCUACAAGUACAACCCCCCUGAUCAUGAUGUGGUGGCUAUGGCAAGGAAACUACAGGAUGUGUUUGAGUUCUGCUUCGCUAAGAUGCCAGAUGAGCCUCCGGCGCCCCCUAGCUCCUCCUCUUCCUCCUCCUCCUCUUCUUCCUCGUCAGAGAGUGAACUCAGCAGUGAAAGUGAGGAGAGUGAGAGCAGCCCCAGCUCCGACUCUGAGGAGGAGAGAGCAAACCGCCUGGCAGAGCUGCAGGAACAGCUGAAAGCGGUCCAUGAGCAGCUCACGGCCCUCUCUCAGGGUCCCAUUGUCAAACCCAAGAAGAAAAAGGAGAAGAAAGACAAGAAAAAGAAGAAGAAGCCAGAGAAAGAGAAGCAUCGGAAGAUAGAGGAAGAACCGGUGCCGAUUCGGCCGCCUAAGACACCCAAAAUCACCAAGACCCCCAAAGCCAAGAGCAACCGAGCAACCGUUGGGACUCCUGCCAUUCAGGGCAAGAAGGCAACAGGCAGGAAGAACAACAAGAGCAAAUCCAAGAAAGCUGCCAUGACGUUCAAUGUGCAGCGUGUGGACCCCGCCGGAAUGCUGCCUCACUAUGAUUCGGACGAGGAGGAGGAGACGGCGCCCAUGUCGUACGACGAGAAGCGGCAGCUGAGUCUGGAUAUCAAUAAGUUGCCUGGAGAGAAACUGGGCCGUGUCGUCUACAUUAUCCAAGCCCGUGAGCCCUCACUCCGAGACACCAACCCCGAGGAGAUUGAGAUCGACUUUGAGACACUGAAGCCAUCAACGCUACGGGAGCUGGAAAGAUAUGUCAUGACAUGUCUUAGGAAGAAACCCCGCAAGCCGUACACGAGUAAGAAGGGUGGCGCUGGCAAAUCACGUGAAGAGUUGGCCCUGGAGAAACAACUGGAGCUGGAGAGGAGGUUAAUGGAUGUCAGUGGACAGCUUAAUUCUGGAAAGAAGCCACCUAAGGCCAAACCAGAGAAGCCCACAGCAGUGGAGCCUCAUGCCCAGCCAUCACGCCUCAGCGCCAGCAGCUCCUCCUCAGACUCCUCUUCCUCCUCCUCUUCGUCCUCGUCCUCUGACACAAGCGACUCGGACUCUGGCUGAGAAGAAGAGGGGUUUUCACAAGAGCGGGUCGAGUGUGUGACCCUGGAAGUGUCGCUUCCCACUGAGUGGACUGAACUGUAGUAGAGCUACUGAUGAUGGAGCCGCAGGGCGGAUCAGACUGGACCACAACUAGGCAGAACAGGUCCAACUCACAAGUGUACAACAGAGAGAGAUGGGGCUCUCCUGCGCUCAGCCUGUUCAUCCAUUCCUGUCCCUGCACGCAGAAAGAAGAAACGAAUGGGGUUGGAUGGAUAGAGAGAGAAACUUAUUGCCAAGGCCUGUCGUUCUCUGGAGAACUGGCGUUGUCGUGGGCAGAGCAAAGGGAUGCUCCAUCUCCUGCAGAUAAAGGGGACGAGCGACGCAUGCGAUGGAGGGAUAAGGGUGCUAAAGCCAGAAUCAGUCUUAUUUCUGGAGAUGUUUUCCCUUCUUACCGUGCCCCCUGUCUUUACGCUGUAUAGAUAAUUUGUACAGUUACAUAAAUAUCUAUUUUUCUUUUAUAAAGAAGCAUUUUAAGGAGCUAAUUUAUUCCCUCAUUCUGGGAAAGUUGAACUGGUGUGGGCAGACUUGUUUUAGUUAUUGUAUUUGUUUGUUUUUCUCUUUUUUUUAGUGAUAAAGAGGGUAAAGUGGGAAACAGGUGUGUUUCUGAGUCUGUCUUUUGUGUGUGUGUGUGUGUGUGUGUGUGUGUGUGUGUGCGCGCGCACGUGUUUAUGUAUGUGUGAAUGAAUGUGUGAGGCAUGUGUUUGCAUGCACAUGUGUGAGUGUGAGAUCCGGCACCACAAGUGUAGCCUUGUGAAGUUCCUCAUAGUCUUGACGCAGGCGUGGAAAAAAUCCGUCUGCAUCCAGAAGCACCUUGGUUCAGCAGAAUACAGAAUGCAUGCAAUACGGAGGAGCUGACAAACAUCCCUGUUGUACAUCUGCAUACUCAUGUACUAUGUACUGCUUUACUGCAUCCUUGUGUACUCAUGUACUUCUCUGAAAGGGUUGGCCACUGUACAGAAAUGUGACGUAGUUAACACGUUGGUUUUUAGGUGAAAUAUAUUUCUGUUCUCAUGUUGGCUGUUUUUUCUCCCUUUCCUAUUUCUCUGUAAACGUGUGUUGCUUUUUUCUUCUUGUGACCAAUCUGCUAAUAAAUUAUGAGGACACGUCUUGUCCACUCACCCGUGCCCAAAUAACAGUUUUAGUUAUUUUAAUUUUUUGUUUUUGUGGUUGGUUCUGUUUUGGUUUUGUACGUUAGUCACAACACAUUUGAUAAGAAUAUUUUAAAGUUUAAAACAAGUUUUGUUGGUAGGUAUAUUUGACAUUUUAUUCAACUGUAGGCGAUGUCUUGGUGCAGUUUGAGUUGGUUUCCCAUGGGCCAUCACUUCUGAAUGGUGUUGGUGUUGCCAUAGCAAAUUACAACAACUUUGUCUAUAAAACAAUUUUGCCUUUGACAACUAGGGCAGCUGAAAGUUUAUUUUCUAUUGUUUAGAAAUAUGUUUCUUUAUUUGUUCUGUGAUGCACAGAUAAACAAUACCAGGUUGGAUAAUAUCAUUAGCCCAAUUUGGGGAAAAUUUGGCUGUGGCUGGUAAGCUUGUCUGCUCCACCAGCCGCUGUGGCAGGUAACUCAUCCAGUCUUUUCUAAAAAGCAGUCUGGCUGGUGAAAUAAAGUGGUUUCUGAAUUUUGGGUUCCAGCAGCCACUUUGUCCAGAGGAUACAAAAGUUAACUUUCCUGCCCAGAGGAAUAAAUGAUGCACUGUUUUAUGUUUUGGCGGUACUACUAAACUAAUUUUGUGAUUUAGGUAAAGUGUGUAUCUAGUUUUUUCUUUUUAAAUCAUUUAUGGCUUGAGAUUGGAUUAUUUGUAUGUGUGAAAUAAAUUAUUUAUUUAGGAUGAAUUUGAAUGGAGAUAAAACUUUUCUUAAUACUGAAAGGAACCGUAAGCUUUUACGUCAUCAAUCUACUUUUAAGAAAUAUAUACAGAUUAAGGUAACUCAGUCAAGAUGCUGUCAGAAGUGUACAUAUUUUACAGUCCAGUUUUGGAGCAUGUUUGUUUUUCUUUCAGUAACUUAGUCAAGAUUUAUCUUUCCCCAGCUAAGAUUGUUUUUUUUUUCUUUCUCUAUUGUUCUAAGACAAAUGUACUCCAGAGCUGUCAGUCUUACUUUUCUGAAGUUUGUCAGAAAUCUAAAUGCCUCUGUACUUGACUCCACCAUUCAUCUGAACACCUGUACAUAAAUAAACUGAGAAAUGUUCAUGUUUUU